UGGUUCUGAAGAGGAAAAAGACUCCAAUGAUGAGUAUGAUCACGAACUUCAUGAAAGGCUCAUGCGUGAAGAAAUGGCAAGGUUAGCGAAGUUAGAGGGUAAAACGCAAAUUAAGCCUGCCGAUAAUGUAUAUUUUGAUGAGGAAGUUGAUCAUGAUUUCGCACUCCAUCGAGUGGAUCCAAAUAACAGUAUAACACUUGUUCACACAAUUGCAUAA